AUGGUAAACGCAAUUCAAAGUUUUCCUCUUCAUUGGGCAGACAUUUUAGUAUUAAUUGCUUAUUUUAUUAUUGUUAUCGGAUUUGGUAUAUGGUCAUCAUGUAAAAAUCGUGGCAGUAUUGGAGGUUAUUUUCUUGCUGGACGAACAAUGACUUUCUUGCCAGUAGGAGCAUCUUUAUUUUCUAGUAAUAUUGGUAGUGGACAUUUUAUUGGUCUUGCAGGUAUUUUUAUGUUAUCUACAUAGUAUUGAAUAAUGAU